CCCCUAAACAUCACUCUUCUCUUCCCCUCUCGUGUCUGGCUUAUUCUCUCUCUGUCUUUCUCGUGCAUGGCUGUCUAUCUGACAUCUUGACUUUAGUGAAUGGACUGACUGCUAAUGGUUGGCAUUUCCCCAUCACAGAGGACGUGUACUGGGUUGAAAACAUCAGUCUGUCGGUUGUCUUCUCUCAUCAGAGUGUUUCUGACUGGAGUGGGCGCAGCUCUCUUCCUGUCGUCAUGUGGGACUCUAAUGGUCUGGCAGUAACUCAAAGGUUCUGAAGUCUCCCCUCAGGCUGUCUGAAUGGAAAUUUCCUGUACCUGAGGGUUACUGAAGGAGACAGAAGUUCUUGACCCACUUUUGGAGAACCAUUGUUGACAACAAGCUAAGUGCCACAACUGACAGAACUCAAAAGAGUUUCUCCAAUUUGAGCUGGAACCGAGCUACCCCUCAAUACCAGCAACACAUUUUAGUGCAAUAAUUAAAAAGAAGACUUUGUAUUACUCCACCAGAGAGCUGAAAAGGAACUACUCCAGUUUGGACCUGAACAAAGAUAAAGAAACAGAUGGAUAAAACAAACUUCAACUUGACUUGCGUGACAAUCUCUAAUAGCCCUAUCAGUAACUUAUUGAUGGGCAUCUACAUCCUGGCCUUUAUCCUGGGCUUGGCCUUUAACCUAUUGACCCUUGGCCCCAUCGUCCAGCAGGUCCGCAGCCAGAACGCCCUGGGGGUAUUCCUGCUCAACCUGUCCCUGUCUGACCUACUCUAUAUCUUUACCAUGCCUCUCUGGAUCAACUACUACCACAAGGACCACCACUGGAGCCUGGGCAGCCUCUCCUGCAGCGUGGCCGGCUUCUUCUACUACUCCAACAUGUACCUUAGCAUCUACCUGCUGUGCUGCAUCUCUGUGGACCGCUGCCUGGCCGUCACCUACCCCCUAAGGACCAAAGCCUUCCGCAGCACGCGCUACGCCUGGGUGCUUUGUCUGGUCGUGUGCGUGACUGUCAUGUCCGGACACGGCCUGGUGCUGUUCAAAGACAACCUGCAGGACGCCCACGACGACAUGCAGGACCGCUGCUACGAGACCUACCCCAUGCCACAGCCCGUGGCCCUGUUCAACCUGCUGCGGGUGGGCAUCGGCUUCCUGCUGCCUCUGCUGGUGCUGGGGCUGUGUUACUGGAGGAUCCUGGGCCAGGUGAAGCAGAGCGAGGGGCUGGGGGAGCAGGCUAAGAGGAAGGUACGGCUGCUGUCCUUCGGGGUGAUCGGGAUUUUCUCUGUGUGCUUCGCCCCCUACCACCUCCUCCUGCUGACCCGCUCCCUGGCCUACUACCACAUGGACGAAAAUAUGUACUGUCAGUUUGAGCAGAAAAUGCACUUCCCUUUCUCGUUCACGCUGGCCCUAUCCAGCCUGAACAGUGUGGUGGACCCAGUGCUGUAUGUGCUGGUCAGUAACGGGGUGAGGGAGGACAUGAGACUGUGCUUCUGUGGGAACAGACAGGGUCAGAGGGAGAGAGAGAGUCCCCUCUCCAUUGAACCAUGGAACACACAUAUUACAAGCCUGAUCUGAUUACAUACUGUGUGUGUGUGUGUGUGUUUGUGUGGAGGGUUGGGUAGGUUACUUUCUAAAUGUAAUCCAUUACAGUUACUAGUUGCCUGUCCAAAAUUGUAAUCAAUAAUCUAACUUUUGGAUUACCCAAACUCACUUUCAGUUGCUUUUGGAUUGCCUUCCCUUUAAGAGGCAUUAGAAGAAGACAAAAAGGAUCCAUCCAACGCAUUUGGUAUGUCAUCAUGGUGGUCUCUGACUCACUCAGGUGGAACAAGCUGAGGCUUUUUCCAAUGCUGAAUUGAAUGUCAUUGAGAAAACAGAAUGCUGUCAUAAGGUGUCUGAAUUUAAAAGUAAUCUAAUUAAUCAUGUUGUUUUUCAAGGGUAUCGGUAAUCUGAUUACAAUAUCUUUGCUGGUAACGUAACUGAAUACAGUUACAGUUUGUUGUAUUUAUGCCCUUCAUCUUUUGCUGUAAAUCCCUUCUGUGCACAUUGUAAAAAGGACGGCAUGUUUGUUCUGUGUGACUUUAAUAACAUGUUCUUUCAUAUCAACCCACUUUCAUGGACAAUCAGUCAAUCAGGUUGUCUUUAAAAUGUUCAAAGAAAAGCCUUUGUGAAGUUUUUCUAACAUUCCGCUUGGUGAUGAGGAUGGGUAUUGUGUUCUUUAAUUGGAGCUUUCUAUUAAUGCCUGUCCUCAUUGGUAAGGAAAACCCUUUCAAAGGCUGUCUGUUCUGGCUUUAUGUUACAGGAUUGCUCCGCUUGAAGGGCCCUUGAAUCUCUUCAGGCCUGCCACAGGUUUUCAUUGAUAUGUGCUUGGUUUACAAAUGAACCUUCUUGUUCUAAUUUGCCUGUUUGUGGACUGACAUAAAUCAGAAGAACAUUUGUCAAUUUCAUAUACUGUAUAUCCCAAACGAAAUCUAUGUAAUAAACAAUUCUGGUGUUGGAAUCACAUAAAAUACAGUACUGGACAUUGAAGGCAUGUUGUACAAAUGUUCACCCAAUAAACAUAAAAGGAAGCUA